AUGUUGAGAGCUUUGAACCAGAAGAUCUCUCUUCAAGGGGUCCGCAGAGCAUCCACUUACAAUCAAACCAAAGCAUUACGUCGUUAUCCAAUAGGUCAGACUGUUCAUGGGUUUGAAAUUAAAAGAGUAUUACCAGUUCCUGAAUUAUCAUUAACUGCUGUUGAUUUUGUACAUAAUAAAACUGGCUCAAAUCAUUUACAUAUUGAUAGAGAUGAUCCAAAUAGUGUUUUCUCUAUUGGGUUCAAAACAAAUCCUCCAGAUAAGACUGGUGUCCCACAUAUCUUGGAACAUACUACACUUUGUGGAUCUUACAAAUACCCAGUUAGAGAUCCUUUCUUCAAAAUGUUGAAUAGAUCAUUAGCUAAUUUUAUGAAUGCAAUGACUGGUCAUGAUUAUACUUUCUUCCCAUUCUCUACAACAAAUGAUAAAGAUUUUGAAAAUUUAAGAAAAGUUUACUUGGACUCCACAUUCAAUCCAUUAUUAAAAAAGGAAGAUUUUUUCCAAGAAGGUUGGAGAUUAGAAAAUGAAGUUGUUGAUGAUAAGACUUCUCCAUUGACUUUCAAAGGUGUUGUUUAUAAUGAAAUGAAAGGUCAAGUUUCUAAUGCUUCAUAUUUGUUCUAUAUCAAAUUUCAAGAAGCUUUAUACCCAAGUUUAAAUAAUUCUGGUGGUGAUCCAACUAAAAUCACAGAUUUAACUUAUGAAGAUUUAUUAGACUUCCAUCAAACAAAUUAUCAUCCUUCAAAUGCCAAAACUUUCACUUAUGGUUCAUUACCAGUUACUGAAACUUUAGAAGAAUUAAAUAAAGAAUACUUAGUAUUUGGUAAAAGAAAUGUUAAAAAUAUUGUUAAACAACCAAUCACUUUGAAUGAAAACAAAAAUAUCAGUGUUGAAGGUCCAGUUGAUCCAAUGGCUCCACCUGAAAAACAAUUGAAAGCAUCUAUAACAUGGCCUUGUGGUAAUCCUGAAGAUGUUUAUGAAUCAUUCUGUUUAAAAAUUUUAUCAAACUUGUUAACUGAUGGUCAUUCAUCACCUUUAUAUAAAUCAUUAAUCGAAUCAGGUCUUGGUGAUGAUUUCUCUGUUAAUUCAGGUAUGGACUCUACAACUGCGGCUAAUUUUUUCACAAUUGGGUUACAAGGCUUAAAAUCUACUGAAGAAUUAGAAAAAGCCGUUAAUGAAGUCUUGAUUAAACAUAGCGAGGAAGGUUUUGAAGAUAAGAAAAUUGAAGCUAUUAUCCAACAAUUAGAAUUGAGUAAAAAAGAUCAAAAGGCAGAAUUUGGUAUGAGUUUAUUAUAUUCAAUUUUACCAGGUUGGGUUAAUAAAGUUGAUCCAUUUGAUGUUUUAGCUUGGGAAGAUAUGAUCGUACAAUUCAAACAAGAUUAUGCUAAAGGUGGAUUAUUUGAAAACCUUAUUAAGAAAUAUUUCAUUGAUAAACCUGUUUUCAGAUUUGAAAUGAAACCAAAUGAAAAAUAUGAUGAAUUAGUUAAAUCUGAAGAAGCACAAAGAUUGAAAAACUUAGUUGAAGAAUUAGAUGAAGAAGACCGUGAUAUUAUCUUUGAACGUGGUCAACAUUUAGCUAAACUACAAGGUGCAGAAGAAGAUUUAAGCUCAUUACCAACAUUGAGAGUCAGAGAUAUUCCAAGAGCUACAGCUGUUAAACCUGUUCAAUUUUCAGAUGUUUCAGGUAGUGAAGUUCAAAAAAGAAUCACAGAUACUAAUGGAUUAACUUAUUUCAGAGGUGCUCGUGAUGUUAAUAUUCCUUAUGAAUUAUAUCCAUAUUUAUCAUUAUUUUCAGAUGCUUUAACUAAUUUAGGUACAGAAACUCAAAGUAUGGCAGAUAUUGAAGAUCAAAUCAAAUUAUAUACAGGUGGUUUAAGUUCAUCAGUCAGUGUUCAUUCAUCACCAAUCGAUCAAUCUGCAAGAAUAAGCUUCAAUUUCAAUGGUGUUGCAUUAAAUCAAAACUCUUCACAUAUUUAUGAAAUUUGGGAAAACUUAUUAUUGAAUACAAAUUUCAACAAUAAAGAAAAAUUAGCCACUUUAAUUAGAUUAUUAUCAUCAAAUAAUAUUAGUGGUGUUGCUGAAGGUGGUCACUCAUAUGCUAGAAACUAUGCCGGUGCUUCUGUAUCAAGAUCAAAAGCUAUAAGUGAAUCAUUGAGUGGUAUUGAUCAAUUACAAUUUUUGAAUAAAUUGAACACAUGGAUUCAAGAUGAUACUUUAUUCCAAACUAAUAUUAUUGAUAAAUUGAAUGAAUUAAAAUCUUACUUAGUCAACUCUGAUGGAUUAAGAUUUUCCUUAAUCUCUGAUAAAGAUUCAAUUUUAGAAAAUGAAAAAUUAAUCUCAUCAUUCGUUUCAAAAUUACCAUCAGCAACUAAUAAUCAAGGUUUAACCGCUUCAUCAACUAAUGAAUACCCAUUAAACGCAUCAUCUAAAUCAUUCAUCAAAUUACCAUUCCAAGUUGGUUAUGCUUCAUCUGUUGUCAAUGGUGUUCCAUAUGUUCAUGAAGAUGGUGCCAAAUUACAAGUUUUAGCCAAUUUAUUAACUUUCAAGUAUUUACAUCGUGAAAUUCGUGAAAAAGGUGGUGCUUAUGGUGGUGGUGCUGCUUAUAGUGGAUUAGAUGGUAUUUUCAGUUAUUAUUCAUAUAGAGAUCCAAAAGCAUUACAAAGUCUUGAUACUUUUACUAAAGCUGGUCAAUUUGCCUUGGAUAAUAAAUGGACUGAUCGUGAUUUAGAAGAAGCCAAAUUAACUAUUUUCCAAAGUAUUGAUGCCCCAGUUAGUAUCAAAGCUGAAGGUCAAGCAUUAUUUAAAGAAGGAGUUACUGAUGAAAUGAGACAAACAAGAAGAGAACAAAUUUUAGAUGUUGAUAUUGAAGAUUUACAAGAAGUUGCUGAAAAAUAUUUAGUCAAUGGUAAACCAAGUGUUGCCGUUGUUGGUAACGAUCCAGGUGAACAAAAAGACUGGAAUACAGUUGAUCUUGGAGUCUAA